GCAUCUCAAUAUCAAGAAACUUCGAGAUGGCCAAGAAUUUGCAAGAUUACGAUUUGGACAUGCCAGUAAGCGGGCAAACGACUGGCCUUCGACAAGGACUCACAGCAUAUGGCGACGCACACUUCUCCCUGUUCUUGCGAAAGGUCUUCAUCAAGGCCGCUGGCUACAGCGAAGAUGCCCUGUCUCGGCCGAUCAUUGGCAUUAUCAACACGCACCCCGGAUUCAAUCCUUGCCAUGCUCAGGUCCCUCAAUUGGUGGAAGCGACAAAGCGAGGCAUCCAUCUCGCAGGUGGCCUCGCGAUCGAUUUUCCCACCAUCAGCUUGCAUGAAUCGUUCUCCUCGCCCACCAGCAUGUAUCUCCGAAACCUGAUGUCAAUGGACACAGAAGAAAUGAUCAAGGCGCAGCCUAUCGACGCAUGCGUCAUGAUCGGUGGCUGCGACAAAACUGUGCCCGCUCAACUCAUGGGUGGUAUCUCCGCCAAAAAGAUCGUUCUGCCUCUGGUCGUGGGACCAAUGAUGCCCGGAUCGUUCAAGGGCACGCGCAUUGGAGCUUGCACUGAUUGUAGAAAUCAUUGGGCAUCAUAUCGUGCUGGCGAGAUGGACAUCGAGGACAUUGCAGGAAUCAACGAUGAGCUUGCUCCUACAGCUGGAACGUGCGGCGUCAUGGGAACUGCCAGCACAACGGCUUGUAUCACGGCCGCGCUUGGUCUCAUGCCAUUUGAGGGAGCUUCGGCGCCUGCAGUGUCCGCUGCCAGACUUCGGGUUGCUGAGCAGACUGGCUCAGCAGCUGUGAUGGCAGUUGACUAUCCAUCAAGAAAUCCACAAAGCUUACUUACACGGGACUCGUUUGUCAACGCCCUUACUGUGCUGCAGGCCAUUGGUGGUUCGACAAAUGCAAUAGUGCACAUGAUGGCCAUAAUCAACAGACACCCCGCAUUGACUGGCACAAUUACACUGCAGACGAUCGAUGAGAUUGGCCGGAACACAGCACUUCUGGUCGAUCUAAAGCCGAGCGGCGACAAUUAUAUGACUGAUUUCCACAAUGCAGGCGGUAUGAAUGCGCUGCUACACACUCUUCGACCAUUACUGAAGCUUAACGCUCGAACUAUUUCUGGUGAGACACGUGGUGAACGCCUGGACGCCCAACCCUUUACUACGUUUCCAUACUCUUCGAGAUUGAUCCGGCCGUUGAGCGAUCCGCUAUACGAGCACUCCGCGCUCGUGGUUUUGAGAGGCAACCUGGCUCCCAACGGAGCUAUAAUGAAAGCGUCUGCAUCCAAAGAUCCUCGAUUGCUAGAAUUCUCCGGGCCCGCAGUCGUAUUUACCGACACGGCAGAUCUCUCGGAACGCAUCGAUAGCGACGACUUGAACGUGACUCCGGACUCUGUCCUGGUCCUGCAAAAUGUCGGUCCUAUCGGAAAUCCUGGAAUGCCCGAGGCGGGCGUAAUACCCAUCCCGAGGAAAUUGAAGGGCGUCAAAGACAUGCUACGUCUUUCUGAUGGUCGCAUGUCAGGGACAGCAGGCGGCACAAUCGUCUUGCACAUCUCUCCGGAAUGUGGUAUCUUGGAGUCGCCGUUUGGUGUCGUUCGUGAUGGCGAUGUCAUUGAAUGCAGCGUGAAAGAGCGACGGCUUCACAUCCGGCUUUCUGACGAGGAGCUGCAAGCUCGGAUUGCUGCACGGAAAGAGGUGUUCUCUGCGAAAAGCAAGCUUGUUACCCGCGGACGCAUCUUGGGGGAGAAGAGACGUGGCUACCGAGUACUUUAUGAAAACACAGUAAAUCAGCCGGAGCAAGGAGCAGACUUUGACUUCCUGACGGCAAAUGGUUCUGUUCACAUGUGAGCAUUGCCACAUUGAGAUGCUACCGAGAUUGCAGACCACCAUGCAUGAGCUCUUGCAAUCGAUCAUUGUUCAGUUCUCCAGCAGUCUCUCGAUCAUCUUCGUGAUGCCGGAAUAAGUAGCCUAUUCAAGUGCAUAAGGCUCAACCACAGCGAUCCCAGUAUUCGCAGGGAUAGUGAUAGCGAUCGGAAAGCCGCCAUAGUCCGGACUCUCACUAGGCAUA